AUGGAGCCAGUAAGAAAGGCAAACCACACAGGAGUGAAAGAAUUCAUCCUGCUGGGGUUUGGAAGAAGUCUGUGGUUCGAAAUUGUCCCCUUUGUGAUGUUCCUGGUGAUUUACAUCAUAACCGUGCUGGGAAACACCAUCCUAGCCCUCAUCAUUAGAGUUGACUCUCACCUUCAUACCCCCAUGUACUUCUUCCUCAAGAACCUGUCCUUCUUAGACGUCUGCUGCUCUUCCUCUGUUGCCCCCAGAGCCAUGGUGAGCUUCCUAGCAGGGAGUAAAGCCAUUUCCUACAAUGGAUGUGCCACCCAAUUCUUCUUCAUCACUGUCUUCCUCACCACCGAAGCAUUUCUCCUUGCAGUGAUGGCAUAUGAUAGAUACACCGCCAUCUGCAACCCACUCUUGUAUCCCGUUACCAUGUCCAAGUGGGUUUGCAUUCAGCUGGUUGCAGGGUCAUAUAUCUGCAGCUGUGUGAAUUCAAUGGUGCAAACAGGUUUCACCUUUACACUGAACCAUUGUGGGUCUAAUGAGAUUGAUAAUUUCUUCUGUGACGGCCCUCCCUUGAUUAGUCUCUCCUGUAGUGACACGUAUGUCAACUAUCUUGUGAUGUUUACCUUCUGUGGCCUCAUCAUAGUGAGCACUGCCCUGAUUGUGCUCAUCUCCUACAUCUAUAUCAUCUCCACCAUCCUCAGGAUUCGCUCUGCUGAGGGCAGACACAGAGCCUUCUCCACCUGCACCUCCCACAUGAUGGUUGUGACUUUAUUUUAUGGGUCCACUGCUUUGAUGUACGCCCAACCCAGUAGGCUAGCUUCUCUGUUCCCAAGGAAAGCGAUGUCUGUGUUUUAUACCCUUUUCGUUCCCAUGUUGAAUCCCUUCAUCUACAGCCUUAGAAACAAGGAAGUGAAAGAUUCUUUAAGAAGGAUUGUGGUCAAGAAAUGUUUGAAAAAAUGA